AUGCUACUCAAAUUAUUCGGCUCCCGUACCAACAACCCUAACCCUAGCUUUGAGUCAAUUGUCGUAGGAGAAAAGCCGUUGAUCUUGCAGAUUAUUCAUGCCGGAGGUGUGGUUGAACGACACUACAUGGCAUUCCCAGCGUCUUCAAUCAUUGACAAGUAUCCCAAUUUCGUUUUGGCUCGUCCAGAGAUAUUCCGGCAGCCCUGGGACUCCAUUGUUCCGCCGGAGGAGAUUCUCGUCCCUGGACAAAAGUACUUUCUUGUUCCUCUCCGGACAGUGAAAAAACUCCGUCGCCGACUCAGGAAUCCGAUUCCGACCAGUUAUGAGAUUUCUAACUCAAAUAGUUUGAUUUGUCAAGACAAGAAUACUCCUAUCAAAUCUUCAUUGCUUGUCAAACCUAAACCUAUAUCAUGUAAUCGUCGUGUUCGUUACAAGGGGAUCGACUCCAAAACCCCAAAUGCCAAAGGAUCGAGGAAGAAGAUGAUUGUGCGCUUUGCCCCCUCACUUACUGUGAUCGAUGAAACUCAAGGCCUCGAUGAUUAA